AAAGGUAUCUCCUCCACACAGUAUGAUUUCCUUUUGAUUCGUUGGAUUAGGUUUCGAUUUCUAAUCUGUGAACAGAUCCUUGUGAUUUCUAGGGUUUUUAGUCAUAUCCGCAAUCUCCUCAUCACGCGACCGCUGCCUUAAGGUCAUAUCCGAUGGGUACAAAUUCAGAGAAAACUCUUGCUCUUUCAGAACCGGAAUCAGGCUUACGAAUUCCUGCGCUCAACAUGAAUUUCAAUUUUAAUCCCUCAAUUAAUCCCUCAGACGUGGAGGACCUUGCCAAAAAACCAAAGUUCCAGAAAUUGCUGAAAUUACUGGCUAAAGAGCCUGAUAAUGACGACGAGUGGCAGAGAUCUAUUCCAGUUAAACUGUUAAAAGAACAUAUACCUGGGUUCGACCUAGAACAUUUCAUUGACGAAAUUCGUGAGAUGGAGAGGGAACCUGGAUAUAUCAAAGGGAAGGAGAAGUUUUUUAACCGCUUACAGGAUCCACCAAUGUCUGUUUGUCCCGUUGACGUGAACAAUCCAGCAGCACCGGACGCUUAGAGCUUUUACCGAGCUCAUGAUAUCAAUCACUGUUACAAUUCUGGUUUCAUGUUUUUCUCAUGGUUGUAAUAAAUAUUACUAUCUUCU